AUGGCCAUGAUGUCGCCUGGUCACGCCUCUUUGUCAUCGCCCGUCGCCCCUCGCGCCCUCGCCUCGCCCGUCGUUGCUGCCAGCCCGCCCGCGUACGGCAGUGCGGCCGCGCACGGGGACACCUGCAGCGACGGCGAUGAGAGCGCUGGUAGCGCGGGCCGUGCGGGCGUGGGAGGGAGCGAGCACGGCGGCGGCAGCGGCGGGGCGCACGAGGGCGUGGCGGGUGAGUCGCUGCUGCAGCAGCACCAACGGGCGCGGGCCGAGGAGGCAGUGGCCGCGUUAUCGAGUCCGGAUAUAUCGGAUCCGGAUGAUAGCGACGAGGAGGCGGAGGAGCGGGAGGAGGCGGAGCACACGCAGCAAGUGCUGGGCAAGGCGUACGCGAACGUGUUCGACCGCUACCACAUGGGCGCGGAGCUGGGCCGCGGCCAGUACGGUGUCAUCUGGCUCGCCACGGAGCGCGCCACGGGCGAGACUCUCGCGUGCAAGUCGAUCUGCAAGGCGAAGCUGGAGGGCGACGGCGACGUGGAGGACGUGCGGCGCGAGGUGGCGGUCAUGCAGGCGGUGCGCGGGCACAGCGCCAUAGUGGAGCUGCGCGGCACGUUCGAGGACCGGCAGUGGGUGCACGUGCUCAUGGACGUGUGCCUGGGCGGCGAGCUCUACCAGCGCAUCCUGCAGCGCCAGCGGUACCCGGAGAGCGACGCGGCGGUGGUGUGCCACACGCUGCUGUCCGUGGUGGCGCACCUGAACGCGCUGGGGCUCAUGCACCGCGACCUCAAACCCGAGAACAUCCUGCUCGUGUCGCCGGACUCGCACACAGACGUCAAGAUCGCUGACUUCGGCCUCGCCACCUUCGUCCAGCCAGGUGCGGCGCUGAGCGGCAUGGCGGGGAGCGCGUUCUACAUAGCGCCGGAGGUGCUGGCGGCGCAGUACGGCGUGGAGGCGGACAUGUGGAGCGUGGGCGUGGUGCUCUUCAUCCUGCUCUCGGGCCUGCCGCCCUUCUGGGCGCCCUCCGAGGACGGCAUCUUCCAGGCCAUCGCCACGGGCCACGUGGACAUGACCUCGGGCGUGUGGGAGGGCGUGUCGGCAGACGCCAAGGAGCUCGUCUCGCGCAUGCUCACUCUCGACCCUCGCCACCGCAUCACUCCGUCGCACGCUCUCAGUGAGUGCUCUGCUGUUGCUGCUCCCUCUGCACUCCUCCGUUCAAUGCUCUGCCCCUUAUGCUCCUUCUCGUGCCGCCACUGCUUAGCCCUUUUCCUCGCCCCCUGUGGUCUGUCAGAGCUGAUGGAGCUGUUGCAGCAGCAGAUGAACAUGAAGAGCAGGGGGCGCGUGGGCAAGAAGAAAGGCAAGCCCUCUGACGCUCGUGCAGCAACUGCUGCGGCAAUAGGGUCUGCUGCUGCUGCUUCUGCUUCCGGCAACAGUGGUGCCAGUGGUGGUGGUGGCAGGGAGGGUGCUGGUGGGGGCGGGGGCAUGGGCGGGAUGACGAAGCGCAGCAGUGUGGCGCGGCUGGUGUUUGAGGAAAUGCUCACAGAGGUGGCGGCGGGCAGGGGCAGGCGAGGCGCCGUGGCGUCGUCCAGGCAGAAGGGGGCGGGCGCGCCUGGCAGCGGCGGCGGCAGCGGCAUCAGCAGCAGCAGCAGCUCCAUAGCGCGGUCGCGGUCGUCAGACGUGAGUGCGCUCAUGGGCUUCGCUAAGAGCCCUCACACUGACCCCCUGGGACUGCCUGUGCCCGCUGGCGACUUGCUGCGCGGCAGGCGCACGCUGGGCAGACGGUUUGAGCGAGAGGAGGAGGAGGAGGGAGGCGUGGAUGACGAGGACGAUGGAGGGCGGGCGGCGUGGGAAGACGGGGAGACAGAUGGCUAUAAGGAGGGGCAAAGUGGGCAGAGGAAGGUGGGUGAGGGUGUGGGCGAGGGCAAGUCAGAGCGGAGUCCGAAGCUGAGCCCUGCUCGUCACAGCCCGCUUGCCCUCGCCACAGCGCGCGUGGGGGAUGGCGGCCGCGAGGCGGGCAGGGAGGCGUGGCGAGUGGAGCGCGAGGGCAGCAGGCGAGUGGAGAAGGGCGAGCUGAUGCAGCUGCUGGCCACGGUGGAGACGCACAUGGCUGCAGCCGCAGCAGACGUGCCUGCUGCUGCUCCACACACGCCCGCAGCCGCUGCAGCAGCAGCAGGGCAGGUGGGCAAGGGAACUGUGCCGCGCGUGUCCAGUGCAGAUGAUGUGACAGGCAAGGCCAAGGCGGGCGGCAAGGCAGGGGAAGGGGAUGGGCGGCAGGGCGCAGGGCGAGGCGCCAUUGCGAGAGCCACGCCGCCGCUGCCUGUGGGGCGCGCCAAAACAGACGUGGGGAGCACCGUUCUCGCCGCCACGCCCUCUCCUGCUGCUGCCGCUGUGGCGCCUGAUGCUGCUGCUGGGGUGGCCGCUGCACCCGGGACAGGGUCAGCAGCAAGCGGUGCGAGAGGGAUGGGUGUGGGAGCAGGGACAUCUGGGGGCGGGGGUGUGGGCGUGGCAGCGAGCGGCAGCAGCAGCGGUCGCUUGUUGCGGCAUCGGUCAGAGGUGGUGGGACUCAUGAGAGGUGGGCCAGACGCUGACAGGGGCGCACCCACUGGUGCUGCUGGUGGCACUGGUGGCGGGGCAGAUGCUGGGGGCAGGAGGCCGGGCAGGAAGACAAUGAGCGAGCUGCUGUCCGCCCUGAACGACCUGGAUGGCAUGGCCGCUGGCAGUGGCCUGGGGGGCACUCCUGGCAGCAAAGGCGUGGGGGGCAGGGAGGCACGGGUGGACAAGGAGAAGCAGCAGGGAGGGGAGCAAGGGGGGGACUCUGGCGCUGCGAGUGGUGAGGAGCGUGAUGCGCGGCGUGGUGACGAUGGGCAGGCAGACAAAGUGGUGGACGCUGCACAGGAGAGUGGCGAGGACGGGGAGAUGGAAGCGUGGGAGUGGGAGGAGAAGGAAAGGAUUCAAGUGCAGGAGGAGAGGGAGCAAGACACACGACCUCUUGAAGCCUUCUCCACCGCAGCAGCAGAAGCAACAGCAACAGCAGCAUCAAUGGCACGGGGCAUGGCAGACCCUAGUGCAGCAGGGAGUGCACCUACGGCACCUUGGCGUCGCCUGGUGUCCCUACCCAUCUAUGCCUCGCCCUCCAACCCCACCAGUGCGGCGCCACCCCAAUGGGGGUCUGAUAGCAAUGCUCCCAUGGCACCUGCCAGCCCUCUGCUUGGGGGGCCAGGCCCUGCCGCUCACGCCCACGCUGCUCUUGCUCUUACCGACGGCGAUUCUGCAGCUGGCUUCGCCACCCCGUUAGCCGCCAGCCGAGGGCAGCGUGUGGCGCUGCGCUCUCUCUCCACACACGCGCUGCGCUCCUCCUAUGCUGCCGGCCUCACUACCCCGCCACCAGCUGCGCCGGCGGCAGCAGGGGGCAGCUGGAAUGCAGAUGGCACCGUUCCCCCGGGGCUAGCAGGCGAGUGGGGGAAGGGCGGCAGCAGCAGGGGCCAGGGGAGAAGCGUGGGCGACUACGCUGGUAGAGCUGCCACUGCCACGCUUGCGGCGCCUGUGAGCGGUGGGAAGGGGCCUAUGGGCAAGGGGAAGUGGGGCGCUGGUGGAGGCGCUGGUGCUGCUCGUGGUGGAGUGGUAGCGGGCGCAGGGGAGGCAGAGGAGGGGGACGGGGCGAGGGAGAGUGAGGAGCGCUUGCGGUCGCCUCGCCUGGAUGCAGGCGCGCCUUUCUCCCCCGCCGCCACGCCCACCUGGGGUGCCGCCAGGGCACGCUUCCCCCCAUCCGCCACGGAGCCCCUCAAUCUCCCCCCGCGCUCCCCCCUGCCCCACGCCAAGUCGUUGAGCGGAACCGUGCCUGCCAAUGGCUUUGGAGGGAGCUGGAACAGCCAACAAGCCAUGGUGCACAGCGCUCAUCUCGCCAACCCUGUCUCUCCUCACCCUCUCUCCCCUCGCUCGCUUGCUGGUCCACUGACCCAUCCGCAUGCCUUCCGUCCAACAUCUCCCCUGUCUCGAUCACCCAGUCCAGCCUCUCGCUAUUCCCACCCUCCACUCACCUCCUUGCCUUCCUCCCAGCCUCCCAUGUUCGACCAAUCGCAGCCGUUCGCCUCCCCCCAGCCCUCCCCCAUGCCUGUCUCCCCGCAUCACCAUGCGGCCACCUUCCCCCACGCCUUCCCCGUGCAUCCUGACUUCCACUCACCCAUGCUGCCGCGUCAUGGCCCCACACUCUCCUUCCCCAAGUCCCCUCGCGGCGAGCCGCGCUUGAAGAGCAGUGUGAGCUUUGGGGGCGGCGUGGGGCCGCCGGCAGGCUCUGGGACAGCAGCACUCCCGGGGGGCCACAUGCGCUCGCCUCUCCAUCGCACCGCAUCAGCCACCGCUGCUGCCGCGCCUCCAUCUUCCUUGGCUGCUGCCCGUGCGCCUGGCAGCAUCACCCUCGCAAAGCCCUACAUCCCUCCGCCCUCGGCUGCAGCAGGCAUUGCGGUGGCAGGUUCAUACGACUCGUGCGGGUCAGGCACAGGGCUUAUCCCAGACGACCAGGCCUUCUGUCGCUCGCUCUACCCCGCGCCUGACUCCGCCUUCCCGCUCUCGCCCCUCUACCCACACCACCACCACCACGACUAUGGCCUUGGGGGAUAUCACCUGCCCGCUGACCCUGGCAGCGGCUCCGGCGAAGGGGGUGGGUACGCCAUGGGGUAUGCAGCGGAAAACGCGAGCUCGUACCGGUCUUUCCAUCGGGGGCAGGCCGCGGGGCACAUGAGGCAAGGAGUGCGGUCGUCCCUGCCACACUCGCGCAGCAUGCAGCAGUAUGAGGCGGUGUCGAGUGGCGAUAUGUAUGCGAGUGGGGGGCAUGUGGACGAGUACGAGGGCGACCAGUACAUGGUAGGGCGUGCUGGAGGGUACGGUAAUGGGCAGCAGUGGGACGGCGACGGCUCGGGCUACUUAUCUCGGAGGUACAGCUUUGAGAACGGGCAAGGGGCAGUGGCAGGUGGUGCGUGUGUGGACGGCACGUGGAUGAGCACAGGCGAGGGGUAUGAUGUUUCAAGGAGGCGGGAUAGGGAACGCGUGGACAAGGGAGGGAGGAGAGAGAGAGAGGUAAGAGGAGUGCGGGAACUGCAGCGAGCAGGAGAGGUGUCGCCCAUGCCUGUUGGCGCCUCCUCUGGCGCCAGGGGCAGCAGCAAUGUGGGUGUUGGUGGCAGUGGGAGUGAGAGGGUGCGAUCAGAGAGAAGGAAGCAGCUGCUGCGGCAGAGGUCACAGGACGCCCCUGUGGCUGCAGCACUGGUGAUGGGGGCAGGAGGAGGGGGGCGCAUGAGGGGGGAGAGUGAGGUGCAUGCAGCGCGCAGCAUCAGCCUCAACACCGUACAAGCCGCCAUGAGCCGGGACACGUCUGCUGGCUCUGCUGACUCGGCGUCGCCCCUGGAGUCGCCGUGCGUGAGCUGGGCAGGGGAUGAGGCGAUGGAGGCGGGUGAUGGCAUGGGCGAGGGCAUUGCGCUGGUGAUGCGGCGAGAAGGCAUGCUGCCCAUGCAGGGGGGGAGGGGGUUGCAGGGGGAGAGGGACAGCGAGGGCAGUGGAAGGAGGGGCGGUGAGAGACCGUCAGGGAGUGAGUGGGAGGGGAGUAUGGAGGGGAGCGAUGAAGAGGCGGUGCAGGGCGAGGAGGAGGAGGAUGUGUACAGUGAGUGGAGUGAUGGCGUAGGGUCCAGCUCAGGGUCAGAGGCGGCGUGGGGACGGGAUGAGGAGGAGAGUGACGGGGGUGCGCGAGUGGGCAAGGAUGUGUUGGUGGACAUGCGGAGAGAGAGGAGUGUUUCGGGCAGUGAUGUAGAUAGCAGUGAGAAUGAGGAGGCUUCAGAUGGGUGGAGUGCAAGUGAUGGGGAAGGAGUAGACGGUGAGCUGUGGGAGGGCGAGAGGGAGAGUAAGAGGGAGAGGGAUAGUGACCGGGCUAAGUGCAACGGAGACAGAGUGAGGGAGGAUGAGAGAGAUUGGGAUGACGAUAGGGAUAGAUACAGAGAGAGGGAUCGAGACAAGGAGAGAGCUAGGCCGAGGGAUCGGGAUCGAGACGGGGCGAGAGACAAAGAACAAGGGAGGAACCGAGACCCGGAGAGAGGCAGGGAGGAUCGAGAGAAAGAAAGAUAUAGGUCCAGGGAAAGUGAAAAGCCAAAGUCUAAGCACAGGGAUAGAAGUCGAGAACGGGACAGCAGGCACAGUGAUAGCACGAGUAGGCACAAGGAGAAGCGAGGAUCAAAGAGCAGAGACACGUAUUAUGAAGAGGAGAGGCACAGAGAGCAUGGGAAGGAGCGGGCCAGGGAGAGGGAGAGGGAUAGCAAGCAUGAGAGAGGGAGCGAAAGGGAGCGAGAGCGACAUGAGCGCACAAGGGAGAGGAGCAGAGAGAGACAUGGCCACAAGGUCAGGGAGAGAAGCAGUGAUCGAGAGAGGAGCCAUGAGCGUGAUGAGGCAAGGAGGAAGGAGAAACGCAAGGAGAGGGAGCAGCAGAGUCGAAGGAAGGAUCCUGAGCAGGCACGUGAGGCCGGUGGGGACAGGGAAAGACGAAGGGAACGAGACAGUGGUAAGACAAGAGAGAAACGUCAGGAGAGGUAUGAAGAGAGAGAGUGGGAAGGAGAGCGGGAUGGGAAAUGGGAUAAGGAGGAUGAUAGGGAGCGAAGCAGAGGUUCGAAAGCUGAAGCUCAAUCAGUGAUGGAGGAUGGUGGUGGUAGGGGGAAGGUGAGAGAUAAAGAACGAGAAAAGAGUCGUGAUAAGGAGAAAGGAAGAGAGAAAGAUCGAGAGAGGGGUAAGGAACGAGACAGAGACAGGGAUAAGGAGAGGGAGAGAGACAAAGGUAGGGACAGGGACAGGGAGAGAGAGAGGGACAGGGAUAAGGAUAGAGAAAGAGAUAAAGAAAGGGACAGGGAUAAGGAGAGAGACAGGGAUAGGGAUAAGGACAGGGAUAGGGGCAGAGAAAAGGAGAAAGGGAGGGACAAGGAUAGCGAGAGAGAAAGAGAGAGAGAGAGGAACCGGGAGAAAGGGAGAGAGAGUUCCAAGCACAAAGGCGAGAGGACACGUGACCGGGACAGGGACAGGGAAGAAAGGGACAGAGAUCGGCAUAAGGACGGCAAGGACAAGGAGAAGAGCCGCGAUAAAGCCAAGAGCCUGGAGAAAGGGAAGGAGCAGAACUGUGACAGGGAAAAGGGUGGCAGGAGCUACAAGGAGAAGUAG